AUGUCGACAACCGAGAAGUCCCCGCUCUUCAGCGUGCAAGUGAAGCCCCGGAAGGCGCCCGAAGCCAGCUACAAGAGGUGGCUGUUGGCUAUUGGCGCUGCUGGUGUCAUCGCCGCCCUCGCGCUCUUGACGCUGACAGGCAGCCGGUCGUCGUCGGCCGACUUUUGCGACGCGACGUUCCAAGAGUCGGGUUACAUUCAAUUGCCGCACAAGGUCGACGACCACUACUUUUACUGGUUCUUCGAGUCGCGCUCGAAUCCGGCGACGGACCCGCUCGUGCUCUGGCUCACCGGAGGCCCCGGUGGGUCGUCGAUGGUCGCACUCCUCACCGAGAACGGCCCUUGCACUAUCGACGCGAACCUCAACACGGUCAACAACCCGCACUCGUGGACGUCACACGCUAACGUCAUCUGGCUCGACCAGCCAACGGGCGUCGGCUUCUCGUACACGACGAGCGACAAGGACGACGACCACAACCAAGUCGACGUUGGCCGCAACAUUUACGCGUUCCUGCAAGCGUUCCUGGCAAAGCACCCCAAGUACGCCAAGAGCCCGUUCUUCAUCACGGGCGAGAGCUACGCCGGGCACUACGUCCCUGCGGCCGCGCACUACAUCGUGGGCAUGACCAACGCGACCGGCGAUGUGCGCAUCAACCUCGAGGGCAUCGCGAUCGGCAACGGCAUGACGGACACCAUCACACAGAUUCCGUACUCGGCGCACAUGGCGCGCGACAACAAGUACAUCGAUCUCGCGUCUCCUGAAGGCUUUGCAACCCUCAAGGCCGAAGCUGCUGCAUGCGGGAAGCUCGUCGUGCAGUGCCAAACCAACGACUCGGUGUGUCCCGAGGCGACGCAGUACUGGGGCGAGCACAUCUUGGGCCCGAUGAUGAGCUACAGCAACAAGACGGGCAACCCGUACGACAUUCGCGAAGACUGCUCCGUUGACGGCUGCGUCGACCACAUUGCCAACGUUCGCGCCUUCCUCAACACGCCGGGCGUGCAGUCGCGCCUCGGCGUGCACGACAACAUUACGUGGACCGAGGUCGCGACGCGAGUCUAUGGCGACUUUAGCAUCGACUUCAUGAAGGACUACGUCUCGUUCGUGCCGCCCCUGCUCGCGGCGGGUGUCCGCGUCAUGGUAUACGCCGGCGACGCCGAUCUCAUGUGCAACUGGGUCGGCAACGAAGCGUGGACCAAGACGCUGCAGUGGCCCGGCAAAGCAGCCUUCAACAACGCGAGUGUGCGCCCGCUUCUUGUCAACGGCAAGGAGGCCGGGAACGUGCGGGCCACAGACCUCCUCAGCUUCGUUCGUGUCUUCGAAGCCGGCCACAUGGUGCCCAUGGACCAGCCGCAAGUGUCCUUGACGCUCAUGGACCGCUUCUUCAGCAACGCGCGCUUGGACCAGUAGGAGACACGAGGUUGCUUUUGGCAAUUUCUCGUACGUACGUGGGGUCUUUUGACGUAAGAAUUGAUACCGCCG